CUGCUGUCUUCUCUUUACUCCUUCAUCUUUAUAUUCAGUCCAGCUUACUAGCACCUUUACUACCUUGAACUUAGCAUUAAACCCUUGAAAUCCAGCAGAAAUGGCUACUUUCCAGGAUCGUGCUCAGCACACCAUAGCCCAGCUUGACAAGGAGCUCUCCAAGUACCCUCUCCUCAACAACCUGGAGCGUCAGACCUCCGUCCCUAAGGUCUAUGUCAUCCUCGGCCUGGUCGGAAUCUACACCUUCCUGGUCUUCUUCAACAUCGCUGGCGAGUUCCUCGUCAACUUUGCCGGUUUCUUGAUUCCUGGCUACUACUCUCUCAAUGCUGUGUUCACCUCUGGCAAGGCAGAUGAUACUCAGUGGUUGACGUACUGGGUUGUUUACGCCUUCCUGACUGUUGUUGAGAGUGCCAUCAACGCUGCCUACUGGUUCCCCUUCUACUACAUCUUCAAGUUCGUCCUCAUUCUGUGGAUGUCUCUCCCCCAGACCAACGGCGCUCAAGUUGUCUUCCACUCUUUCCUCCAGCCUGUGCUGGGCCGCUUCUUCGCCAGCGGAUCUACCUCAGCCAACCUCCGUGCUCAGGCCGAUGCCGCCUCCAAGUCGCAGUAAAUGCAUUGCUAAGAGUCGGUAUUAGCAUAUAGAGUCUGUCGCGGCUUGCGAAGGACAAGCCGCGAAAGAAAACGUCGAUUCUUGCCUUGUCAGGCCUAUGGCCUGCGCGGCACAAUCCGAAAGUCGAGUUGUCGGAGUGAGCGGAGACAGUGGUGGGUUAAGGUGUCGGGGUCAAGUUAGGAGAGCGGAGCCGUGACAUCCUACUUCUUGCUUUCACUUGUCAUGAUUGGAGGAGUAGAAUGGUGGAGGUUGAUUUUGUUGAAAAAGGACAGGAUAUGGCUAUACUUAUCCUUGGAUGAAAUUAUAUCUAACGCGAUCAUGCCUCUUUGGGUAAUUGAGCAGUAUCUUUAGCCAUUCCUCAUACCGGCCUUUGCGUUCAUCCGUAAGGUCCAAUGAUGCCUUCAUAUGGCUUUCGCAAAAAUGACCC